GUCUUUCCAGGCUGGAGGGUGCGACGAGCAUGCCGCUGUCCAAACAUACCACGUCCAAGCAACGGCGAACCCCCUUCAUUAUCCCUGAGGUGAACUCAUCAACCGCUGAAGUCUCCUCCGCCUCAAAUGGCAAACAAACAGGCCGCAAAGCAUCUCUCGCUGUUUCCCUCCAAAAUUUUGCAAAUCGCACUUUCCAGGCCCUGCCACGCCGGGUAAACACAGGGAGCGACAACGCCGACGCGACUGCGGCCCCGAAGCUGCGCCAUUCCUCCGCGAAGCUUCUGAUCUCAAGGCCGGUAUCAAAGCUGCCAAUCCCGCAGUCACGGCCGUCUACAUCGAGCUCCUUUGUUCGAAUCCCACCUUCGGGAUCAAAUGUUCCUCCAGUACCACCCCUGCCUGCGCGUGGAUCAGAGUCGAGAAUACCAACGUCCAGUCGAAUACCAGCGCCGACCGCGCGACAACUUGAAUUAGAACCCCGGGCUGCUAAUUCUGAUUCUAAAGCCGACACGUGUGCCAACUCAAGAACGAGCGGAUAUAACCACCUCUCACCUCAGCCAAAGCCAUUUGUCGCGUAUGAAGACGUGAAGGCCUUAACACGGAACAAAGCUAGUCCAAAGGAUAAACAACAAGGGCUCGAAACGUUGAAAGUGAAGGAUUCUAAGUCAGAAAGAGACACAAUAACCGGCCAACCUGCCAACUCGACGCCCUUCCGGAAGCGGAUGAUAACCUUUAGUCAUAGGAGGACAUCAGCAACAGCAUCAGGUAAAUCGAUACGGGCAAGUGACAUGGGAAUUCCAAAAUCAACGUCGAUGACAGCCAUCACUUCUUCACGUCGGGCAUCGGAAAUACCGCCAGUUUGUUCUUUUCAUUCCCUUCAUGCACCGCCAAACAGCCAAGUUAAAUCGCCCAGUACAUGCGGUUUGAAUAUCGGAGCCAACCCUGGACAGACUCCAGAUCGCGCAACAAGCCAUACACAUCGAACACUUAGCAACGCAUCAGGGGCAACUUCCCUCACCUGCAGCCCCAGGGAGAGGGACCUGCCGCUGCCACCGAUCCCUUCGUUACCCAAGAGCUAUUCUGUCGGGAACGUAAGGAUUGAUGGCCAAUCUGAAAAGACGCCUCUUCCAGUCUCAUAUCAAACACCGGCCUCUCCCAGAACCCCAGAGGACACGCGCGCGCACAUGAGUUCGAUGUCAACUCUAGGUCAUACGCAUGACGCACCCAAGCCCAAGGAUAGCAAACGAAGCAGUCGCCCUAGCGAUGCAGUUCUAAACUGCUAUGUGACGGCCAAGUACUCAACUGUGUCCGCACACAUUACCGAACCACUAUUAGACCUGACUCCGCCGCGUCCAACACAUUCGCCCACCCAUGUGUGCCUAAGAUCUGCAUCUCCUAGGACACUUUCAGUUAAAGCAUGCAAAAGGACCGAAGAAAAUGUCAAUCUGGUCACGCGCGCCCAGCCGCAACACUAUUGGCUUGGUCGGCUCUCAACGCUUGUGAAUAGCCUCCAGUACGAAGAUGCAUUCAACGAACCAGAUCCAUACAUUACCUACCGCGCGCCGUCUAGAACCAAAAUUCUCAAGACUUGUGGGAUAGAGAGUGCUGAAGAAUUCAACAUAAAGAGAGCCUUCGCAGCGCUGGAGCGGGCGUGCAUGACUGAUGAAGCAACAAAAAGUCUCAACGAAUUUAAGGAAGAGUAUGAGCGCAAAUACACGAAGUCGGGGACUCCAAAGCCGGAUAAAAGUUCCAGGACCGGUAUGAGAGAGAGGCAGACGGCGAUUCGCGUGAAAAUGAAUAUGGAGAAAAAGGACUAG